CAAUGUGACGCGCCUGUGCGUCUAAGUGCAGAAGCUCAGCGCUGUGUCCGCACAUUGCGAUCGGUUCAGAGCACGAGAAACGAACAACAACUACCUGUCAUUAUGAAGAGGGCUGUUAUGUUCACCUUUGUAGUCUGCUGUGCUAUCUCAGCACUGUCAUUGGCUGAAGUUGGGAUUAAACCAGUACCGGCUGCAACUGUGUCCCAUGCAGAAGAGUUUAGCAAACCUGACACCAGUACUACCACAACCACCGUCACCCCCAUCACAAAAGCAACCCCUGCACCAACCACCAACACAACAACACACGCAACAACCACCACCACCAAAAAAACAACCACCACCACCAAAAAACCAACCACCACCACCACCACCAAAAAAACAACCACCACCACCAAAAAAACAACCCCUGCACCAACCACCAACACAACAACCCACGCACCAACCACCACCACCAAAAAACCAACCACCACCACCACCAAAAAAACAACCACCACCACCAAAAAACCCACCACCACCACGCCUGCACCCCCAACUCCUCCUAAACCUACUCCCAACACCAACUUGACUGUGGGCAACUACAGCGUGAAAGACAAAGGUAGCAUCUACCUGAAAGCUCAGAUGGCAGUACAGAUCCGACUGGCAACACCAAAGGCCAAUGGAACCUUCAUUGUUCAACCCAAAAUGACCACCGCAACUGGAACUUGUUCACCAAAAUACGCAAACCUUAACCUUACCUUCCAAGAGGGCUUCAUCAACUUCAGGUUCAACAAGAGUGAUUCUGGAGUCUUCGUUGAUGAACUGUCUUUCAGCCUCUACUACCCCUUAGUCAAAGACGAUAAAAAGCCGUACACCGCCAGUAACAAGUCACUGCGUCUGUUCCCUGCAAAAAUCGGACACUCCUACUCCUGCAAGAAGGAGUCAGUCAACAUGGGGAAUGGACUGUACCUGGAUAUCAAUCAAGACCAGGUGCAGGCCUACAAUCUGACCAAGACCGAUGACUUUGGCCUGCCCGAGCCCUGUGCUGCUGACAGGCCUGACUACCGCGUUGCCAUCGCUGUGGGAGUGACAUUGCUGGUACUCGUCGUCGUCGUGCUGGUGGCCUACCUGCUGGGCCGCAGGAGGAAGACAGAUGGCUACCAGUCUCUGUGAGGCUGGGAUCCUUGUAAAGGGGAUAAAGGGCACUUCCACUAAAGCCUAUCGGCCCAUUAUUCACUUUUUUAUGUCUUGGUUUAUCUUACUUACAGUUAAUAACAGUCUUUUAACUACAGUCCUGAGGACGGAGGCUGGAGUGUGCCACUGGAAUAAUUGUAGGCAUACAGUUCAUUACAGUUAUCUUUAACUUGUAAUCAAAUUCAUAUAUUGAAAUUAAAAGAAAAAAGAAAUAACUAUCUAAAUAAUCCAUCUAUUAUGACUUUAAAUGCUUUAUUAAUAAUUGUAUUUAACGCUGUUGAAUCUUAAAACGCAUUUUAACUCACGUCAAUAACUAAAAUAGAAUACAAUAAAAAAACAAUUCUACACUUUUAUUUAAACACAAAAUUAAACUGCAAAUGUUACAUGGCAGUACCAAUUUCAUUAUUUGAAGGAAUAUGGUAUGCAGACAUGUAAGCAAAUGGAAGUAGUGGCAUUUUAAAACUUUUGAAUUUAUUUUUGCGAACUGUUUAGUAUUUUUUUUUUUUUCCAAUGGCACAUUCUGGAUUCUUGUAUAUUUGCAAUGCCAAAAUCAAUCAAAAAUGCAAGAAUUGUAAUGCCAGACAAGUAUCCACACUUUUAAAAGGUUGACACCUGAACCGUAUCCUCAUCAGGCUCAACAAGCCUCUGAUUGGGAGACUAAAAAGGAUGAUGCUAAUAAUGACACAUGUAAACAGACUGACAUCUUCAUUGAAACUGACCAAUAGUGUCUUUAAAUCAGUUCAGGUCCGUCCCCCACAGACAGCCGGUGAAUCAGUGGUCAGUACUGUGAGAAUGAUGUAGCUCUCCGUCAGUCGACACACUUCGAAGGGACAUUGAGAAAUAGGUUGGAUGUUAUCCUAUCUUCUAUCUAAAAAAAACAGCUUUUCUUACCAAAGACACAAUACCGUUGAUUUGAUUUUAUCUUCAUUUUUUAAGGUUUAUUUGGAAAUAUUUUGUAAUUCCUUUGUUUAAAGAAAAAAUCAGGGACUUAAUGUUUUUUAAAGGGAAGUCCUCCAUUAUUUACAUCAAAUGUGAUUACACUGACUGCUUAAUUAAUAGGCACAAAGGGACAAUUAGAGGGAUUUUUACCUGGGAUUUUUUCACCCCUGACAAUAAUAAUUGCACUGAUUACUGUUACAACUUGAUUGCCUUUGUCUGUUUUCAAACGAUAUGUAGCUGAUGCUGUGUUUUAUAUAAAUGCAUGGAUGGAUCGUCUGUGUGGUAAAGUAAUCAGUCUAGUCGCUUUUUUUCACCACAUCUCUGGAAGCCAACGCUCUUUGCUCACCAAGUCUAUUUCUAUACACCAUACUGCAUUAAAGGAAUAGUUUGACUGUAUGGGAAAUAGACUUAUCGCUUCUCUGAUAUUCCAGACUUUAUGCUAAGCUAAUGUUCACUUGUGCUUUAGCGCCACAUAAAUAUGUACAGACAUGAGAGUGCUCCAGAUCUUGUCAUCUAACUCCCAACCAAAACAGCAUUAGUUCUCAUGAUGUCCAACUGGUGCCUUAAAUCUGCAGAACUGACAACAACAAAUACUAUUGAGAAAACAAUCCCACCACAACGCACGUUUAUUUGCUCACAGGGAGCAUUCGUUCAUCUCACAUCUUCCUCAGCAGUUAUUCUUGUUUGCGCCUAAGCUUUAAAGUGCUCAAAAAUACCAACAUCUACAAUUCAGUGACAACACAGAUGAACAUAUGUGAUGUGAUCAGAAGCUCCAGAAUAGAAACUAAAAAAUCCUUAUGGUAAGAUUGUUUUCUCUCCUGUUUACAAGAUCAACAAUUGACUAUUAUAAUGCAGAAUUCCAAUUUAAGUAAAAUAUCCGUCUAAGCCUCAUUCUAAAGCGCCAUUCAUCCAUAUAAUAAAGGGACAUUUUUCCUCUCUUCUUCUACCUAAUCAGGUGGUUUCAGUUUUAUGCGCUCAAGUCUUGAGAUAUUCGCUUCUCAAGCUUCUGAUUCCACAAUUAAGGUAAACAUAAUUUCAUUGCUGCGCCUCACAGCAAUGAAAAAUGGCAUUUGAACAAUAAAUAGCGGUUCAUGUUUUUCCAGAAACAAUGUCCUGAUCACCUUUUGCAUUGCACAGAUGUAGCUCUCAUUGUUUUUCUUUGGUGUAAAGUAGUUCCUGUGAAUAUGUAUGUGGAUUACACAGGGUGACCAGGACAUUGUUUCUGGAAAAACAAACUGCCGGUAAGUUUUGCAAAUGUCAUUUUUCAAUGCUGUGCUGUUUUGGGUUGGAAGCAGACAUUUCAGGGGCAGCUUUCUCAAAACCUGGACAAAAAAAACAAAAGCAUCUGCCUGGUCAGAGAGUGGUUAAAGAGAACGUUUUUUAUUUGUGUGAACUGCCCCUUCAAAUGUCCCAGAAGCAGGCUAAACUUACUCUAAUACUUUGGAGAGGAAAAGAGGUGUGGCGGCUGUGGUAGGAGGAUGACAGAAUGAGAUGUCUGUGAAUCCUGUCCGUCCCUGUGUGAAUAUCUCUCAGCAACAGUCAGCUUUAGAUAAAACAGUCUGGAUGAAGAUGUGCUGCUCACAGCUGCAGUUCCAGGUUUAGCCCUUCAGGUGAUGCUCUGAAGACGAGAACAGAAGUGAGGGACAUUGCUGUAUGACGUUUAUGCACAGUAUGUGAGCACUUUUAACUGUUGUUAACUUUCUGUGCCAAUAAAUACUGAUGUAUUUCUGA